AUGUCGACAAAGGGUGACCAUCCCACAAAAGCUCAGUCGAGCGUGCCGCCUAAGCCACCCGGACACGAUCGAAUGCCCGGCUGGAAGAGGGUAGCAAGUACGUUCAGUCGAUUCGUCAGGCGCGAUCCGCAGCUGGCGCCUCUGGCUGCCAUCACACUCGGGACCAUCGGCCUAUACAUCUACUUCCACCACAGCAAGGUCUCGGAGGUGGCAUCGCAGAACAGCUUUCCGCGCCACAAAGACACGAAAGCAUCCAGUCGAGGUUCCGACUCACGUGUUGCUACCGGUGACACGCCCGCCGACAAGUCGACCAAAGGCAGUUACUACACUGAAUCCGGCUCGGCCCCCGGUGGACUGAGCAAAAUGCUGUAUCCACAUCUGGACACAUCGGAACGAGAGCAUCUCGACAACCUCACCGUGCCGCACAACGAGGGCACAUUUGGUAGGAGCAUCAAGCACGCAGCUGCGCUCGAUCAGCUCAAGAAGAACCGCGAUGCAGAUCGCCACUACAAGCGACAGGGCGAUCUCGUGCAGGGACACGAGCAGAGAGAAAACGGUGAUCGACCGCUUACGAGCGCACAGCACUUGCAGGAUCUGCAUGGUCAGAAGCGUAACUACUAG